AUGAGCUUGCCGAAAAGAGGUCAUGAUGAUGGAGCUGAUAUCGACGGUAAUGGUGCUGGCGAUUCCAGUGAUAAGAAGGUAAGUGGACAGUACUUCGGUUUCACUGUUUCGAAUAAUGUUUCCUUGACCAGAGGGGCAAUUACUGGCUGA